CUAUAGGACUCCACCCGUGUGGUUGAUAUAAAUACCAGGGAGUGUGACUUCCCUUCUGAACGGCUCCAUAGAGGAGUGAAACAAUGGGUUGGGGAAUAUGUAUUGCUCUGCUGCUCUGCCUAUGUGGAUCCGCUCUCAGCAGGCCUCUAGAGCUCCAGCAGUUCUUUGAUUCCCCAUCUGGAGGUGAGACCAUUGAGAGAUGUUCCCCUGAAGGCCUCCCUGGAGAUGACAUCAUUGGAUCCAUUAUGAAGAUGAAUAAAGGAAGAACCAGGUUGCUACAGCACGGAGACGUUGCUAACCGAAUGAGGCGCAGUGCCAUUCGCUGCGCUGGCCAAAACUGCUAUUGGCUUAAGUCUGCUGAUGGACUGGUCAAUGUUCCCUAUACUCUGCCUUCAGAAUACACCAUACAGGACAGAGCCGCUUUAGAAGCAGCCAUGUUGGAAUUUUCUACCCUGACCUGCGUCCGUUUUGUUCCACAUACUCAUGAGAGAGACUUCCUCAAUAUCAUAUCGGACAGUGGCUGCUGGUCAUUUCAAGGACGCAGAGGAGGUGGUGGGCAGGACUUGUCCUUGCAGAGAGAUGGUUGUUUGUCCCAUGGGAUCAUACAGCAUGAACUGAAUCAUGCUCUGGGAUUUGUCCAUGAGCAUACCCGGAGUGACCGUGAUUCCUACGUGAAGAUCUUUUGGAACAACAUCCAACCAGAAUACAAGGACAGCUUCAUCAAGAUGGAUACCGAUAAUCAAGGUUUAGAUUAUGACUAUGACUCUGUGAUGCAUUAUGGGAGAUACUCCUACAGCAUUGAUAGCCAGCUUCCCACAAUUCAGCCCAUUCCCAAUGGGCUCAUCCCAAUCGGACAGAAAAACGGACUGAGCAGCCUGGAUGUGGCCAAGAUUAACAGGCUCUAUAACUGCAGCAUGUGCAGUUCUGUUUUGUCGGGUUUCUCUGGGACCUUUUCUUCAGCCUCCAACCCUUCCUAUUACCCAAACCACCAUAACUGCUCCUGGCUGAUCCGCAUUCCAUUUAACCAGGUUCUGCUGAAGUUCAGUGCAUUUGCUGUCCAGUCCACCACAGGCUGCACUGCUGACUACAUACGUGUAUAUGAUGGGGCCAGCAGGUCUUCACCUUUGCUAUUGGACCGGGCAUGUGGCAGCAAACAGUUGCCAUCUUUAGUGGCAUCUAGCAACGUGAUGCUGGUAGAAUUUGUCACAGAUGCAGCUGUCAGUGCUUCCGGCUUCAAAGCAUCAUACAACACAGUGACUUGUGGCGGAACAAUGACCAUGCGCAGUGGGAAUUUCUCUAGUCCUGGAUAUACAACACAUGAGAACUACCCUCCUUUCAGUGACUGUACCUGGACUAUGAUUGCCCCUGUGGGGUUCAAGGUGCAGCUCAAUGUGUUUAAUGUGGUUGUGGAGUACAGCAGCCCAUGUCAGUACGAUUUCAUAGAGAUCAGAGAUGGCAUGAUGCCCACGUCCCCACUGCUGGAGACAAAAUGCGGCACCGGAGACAUCCCCACCGUAACCUCCUCCCAGAAUGCCCUGCUCCUGCACUUCUACAGCGACAGCUCCAAUGAGUCUACGGGAUUCCAGGCGGAGUACUCAUUCGUUCCAGCUUUCUGAAGGGAUGACGGAUGGAACACUGAAUAAGAGACCACCACAAAUCAACUGUGGGUUAUCCAAGUAUUUAAAUGUUGUUCAGAUUGGGGACCACAAACGUUUACAAAAUCAGUGUGAUGCGUUCCACUUUCUAAUGUUCUAAUUGAAGUCCAUGUUUCUUAUGUCCCUGGGAAAUGAAAUUAAUAAACUCAGAGAGUAAUCUUCUGCCUCUUCUAUCAUUUAUUUCUCUCUAUUGCUGGUGAUGGACAUUAUGUGUCUUUUAUCAGACCCAGUUACUACGACUCC